UAUAGUCCACGUUCAUACAUACAUCGUCGUUUACCGGUCUCCGUUGUACUUAAUGAAAGUAAGAACUUGAUCUUCAAGCAGUGUAAGAACUUUCAAAUGUGAAAUUUUCUCUUUCCUUGAAAUUGACGUUUUUGGUUUUCGCUCAAGUUUCAGUAACUUUUUCCUGUUUUCUUGAAUUAUAAUCGAAGUCCUUGUUUCUCGCUUGACAAAGCAACAGUUCCGAAAAAGAUUAUUUUAUUGAAUAACGACGAGGUGUCUAAUCACACCAGUAUCUCACAUCAGCAUCUCACACCAGAAUCUCGUGCGUAGGAUCUAAGACUCGGAUAUUUCUAUCAAGAUGGUUGCGGACUCGGAGAAUAAUACUAAAUCCAAGAAUUUCACCGUAGAAAAUAAUGUUUACAUAGGCGAAGUGGUACCUUAUACGAGUAAUUAUAAGAGUUUUGGAGAGAUGAUCUGGGUUAACAUUAAAAACAAUGGAAAUAAAAUCGCACACUUGGAUGCCCGCACGGAAGAAGUGGUCACAUAUGCGGAGCUGCAAGAUAAAAUUGUGAGAUGCGCGUUAUGGCUACAAGAACAUGGAAUUAAGGCGGGCGAUGUUGUGACUGUGUGCACGAACAAUCACUUGAAUUCUAUCGUGCCAUGUUUGGCGGCGAGUUAUGUCAACGCGAUCUUUAAUACGUGGAAUGAGCAUAUGGACUUGCAAACUGCGCUACACUUUCUGCAGCUGUCUGACCCAAAGGUGAUCUUCUGCAGCGAGCUAUCCUUGGACAUUAUCCAGAGUGCGAUAAAGAAGACGAAUUACGAUCCCAUAAUAGUGGUAUUUGGCAAUCAUCCCGACGCAAUUCCGUUCGCUAACAUUUUGAACAGCUACAGCAAUACGGAAGUGGCAAAUUUUCGAUUGGCCGAGCUCGACGACAUAAAGAGAACGGCGUGCAUCUUGCACUCAUCAGGCACCACAGGGAUGCCAAAGGGCGUUGAACUGUCCAAUUACACUCUGAUAAUGAUCGGUGCAGACCAGAACUUAAAUAUAGUUACUGCGGUGACACUUUGGUUUUCAUCUCUUUAUUGGAUUAGUGGAGUGCUGUUGAACGUAAAAUCAAUCACGCAGAGCGCAAAAGUAAUCAUUUAUCCAGAAUUUGAUGAGGAAAUGACAUGCAAAUUGAUUGAAAAAUACGAGAUCGUAAUGCUUUUGCUAAGCACGAGUAUGAUCAAUCGAUUUCUCAGAGCGGGUUAUGUAAAGAAGUAUUCAUUACCGUCGUUGAGAAUCAUAUUUGGCGGUGGUGCAAUUCUCAAGCCGAAAUCUCAAGAAGAAUUGAGACGUCUUUUACCGCAUGUCGAAAUACUUCAAGCUUACGGAAUGACAGAAAUAGGCGGAAUGGCAGUGAUGCAAAACCCGAAUCAUAAGAACGGGUCUUGCGGCACGGUAGUUUCAAAUGUACAAGUAAAGAUCGUGAACCCGAAAAGCGGAAAAGUUGUCGGACCGAAUCAAUCGGGAGAAAUAUGGAUACGCUCGAAGAACAUAAUGAAUGGUUAUUACAAGAAUCCUGAAGCGACAAACAGUACAAUUGAUAAAGACGGAUGGCUACAUUCAGGUGAUAUCGGUUAUUUCGACAGCGAUGGAGAACUUUUCAUUUUCGACAGAAUAAAGGAGCUUAUGAAAUAUAGGGGACAUCAAAUAUCACCUGGAGAAAUUGAGGCUGUAUUACAGUUACAUCCAGGAGUGUUGGAAGUUGCAGUAGUAGCGGUACCUCAUGCAACAGACGACGAACAUCCUCUUGCAUAUGUUAGCAAAAAGCCCGGCUUCAAGGUGACGGAAAAAGAAUUGAUAGAUCUCGUUGCAAGUAAAAUGAGUGAUCAAUACAAAUUGCGUGCCGGAGUGAUAUUUCUGGAUACUUUUCCGUACACAGGUUCUGGGAAAAUUGCAAAAAAGGAUUUAAGAGCAAUGGCUAAAAAACUAGAAAAAGUAGAAUGAAAUGACAUUAAUUAUAAUUUUUUCACAAUGGUGCAGGAUUAAAAGUAUAAUACAAUGCGCGCAAGAUAAGAGACUUAGUAGUGUCAUUUUCUGAACUUUGCCAGAGACUCUUUUCCUGACUUAGUAGUGUCGUUUUUUGAACUUUGCCGGAGACACUACCGCGUCUCCUGAUAUAUACAUAGAGUAGAUGAAAAAGAGCUAAAUUCUUAAAUUUCAUAUUUAAUUUAUGUAUAUAUUUAUGUAAAUUAACAAU